UAAAAAUGGAGCGCAUUUACUAAUCUGUUAAUUAGAUUACUGUUCUCGCCUCAGUGUAUCCCGUGUCCUUAUGCAUACCUACCAGUCACUUUAACAACUCUUAAGACGCUAGCACAAUUAUUUCACUGCCCUCACAGACUAUUCUUUUUAAGAAUGAGUUUCUCAGAGAGUUGACUGCAAAUUUGGUGAUAAAUGCUGCCCAGGAUGGCUGUCCUGACAUUAAAUCUAGUUACUUUUAUCUGCUGGAUAAGUCUUGGUAAUGUAAGUGGAAAUGAGAAGAUUGAUUCAGACAACAUCACUCGCAUUCUGGAUCGACUUUUGGAUGGUUAUGACAACAGACUGCGACCUGGAUCUGGAGGUGGUGUCACCGAGGUGAAAACAGACAUCUUUGUCACUAGCUUUGGACCCGUUUCAGAUGUUGAGAUGGAGUACACCAUGGACAUGUUCUUCCGUCAGAUGUGGGUUGACGAGCGACUAAAAUUUGAGGGCCACACUGACAUCUUGCGGCUCAACAAUCGCAUGGUGGACAAGAUCUGGACACCAGACACUUUCUUCAGAAACUCCAGGAAGUCCAUUUCUCAUAACACGACCACACCUAACAAACUCUUCCGCAUCAUGCAGAACGGGACUGUCCUCUACACCAUGAGACUGACAAUAAGCGCAGAGUGUCCAAUGAGACUGAUGGACUUCCCCAUGGACGGCCACGCCUGUCCUCUCAGGUUUGGAAGCUAUGCCUAUACAAGCAGUGAAAUCAUGUUCACUUGGAGGAAGGGACCGAUAGCAUCUGUCGAGUGUCCCAUGGAGUCCAUGAGUCUUCUGCAGUAUGAUCUGGUGGGACAGACGUUGUCCAGUGAGAUAUUCAAAUCAAACACAGGUCACUACUCUGUGCAGGUGGUCCAUUUUUAUCUCCAGAGGAAGCUGGGCUACUACCUCAUACAGACUUACAUCCCUCUUAUAAUGGUUGUUGUGCUGUCACAAGUCUCUUUUUGGAUCAACAAAGAGUCUGUUCCUGCACGCACAGUUGCUGGCAUCACCACAGUGCUGACCAUGACCACCUUGAGCAUCAGUGCCCGUCAGUCACUUCCCAAAGUAGCCUAUGCCACUGCCAUGGAUUGGUUCAUUGCUGUGUGUUUUGCCUUCGUGGCGUCAGCUCUCAUCGAGUUUGCAGCAGUAAACUACUUUGCCACCAUCCAGGCCCAUCGUCUGAAGAAGCAGAAAGCUAGACAAGACAAGCUUGAGGUGUUGGCUACUGGCAGCGAAGAUAGCGACACAAUUUCGAUUGACAGCAUCCCUCAGGAAGGCCUGAAGAGGAGAAACCACUCAGUGAGUCGCAGUGAGCCAGGAGAUGCUCCGCCACUGCCGAUUUUCCUCCAGCAGGGCUCAGCCUUUCCUCAAGUCCCGCAGCUGGCUGGCACCAGCCCCAUCGACAAGUACGCCCGCGUCCUUUUCCCCCUGGCCUUCGCCCUCUUCAACUUAGUCUACUGGUACAUCUACAUGGUCAAGGACACCAUGGAGAUGGCCAGGGAUGCAGAUCUUAAAAACUAAGAGGACCUGGAAAAGGGGGGAACAUACAGCCAAAGAGACCUUCAGCAUCCAGUCAGCCUCACCUUACCCUCCUCUCUGUCUCUGUGAACAAGCUCUCAGCAGUCACAUCUGACAGAGGAAAUGAAUCAGAAACUGAUUUAUUCUCCUGCCAUACAUCUAUUCAUUUCACAGGCUGUGACCACUGCCCACUUGUGUUCUGAUCAGUAGCUGAAGAGCUGCCUUUGACGGGCCUCAAUCACUUUUAAGCACUGCCGUGUACACACAACAACUUCUCGGGGCUCCGGACUGAGACCAGACGCCACACACAUACAGUAUGCAUGACGCUCGCACGCACACACACACACACACACACAACCAAGAAACACAUCAAAAAGAAGUGGAUGAUAUAAUCUAUGAUGGCUGUAACUGGUGGUGAUGCAACAGUGAACCAAUGCUUUCAGAAGCCUGCCCUCUACAGAAGCACAGCUCCCACUACAACAAGAUCAAAGGCAAUUUAGAGGAGGCUUGCAUCCCUCCCCGCGGCUUCAAAAAUGUACUCAAACCUGAGAAAAUGAAUUGUGGGAUUGUGUUUUCCAUCCCACCUUUCUGCUCUGGCGCUCUGGUGCUCCCUCUGCAUUUUCAGAUCCACUGCAGGUCCUCUGAAAACAUUGCAGGGAAGAGUAGGAUAUAAUACCCAUGGGUGGUGAUGACAUUCUUUUUGAGUUUUUGUAUGGAUGGUGCAUGAUUGUUGGGCACAGAUGUUUGUACAUAAAGUGUCUACCUGUAAUGGAUACAGUUUUACUGUCUUUUAGCCCCUUAAUACGUCAAGUAACAUAAAACCUGAAGGAAUAAACUUGAUCUUAACUUGAUCACUCUAACCCUGCAGUGCAUCCCAUCGUUUGACCUUGUCAGGAUGUAGACAAACUUAUCUGCCAUGUAACAAACACAAGAAUAAAACGAGCCUAAAAUGAA